UGUUUGGUUGACAACAAAAUGCAAUAAUGCCUUUAAUGGUGAAAUCAAAAUACUCCGUGUAUGAGAAUUUUCAUUUCCCACCCAACAUGGAAAUAAAUUACCGAAUCUAAAACCAAAUCAAAUAAGAUAUGAAAAAACCCAUAAACUUUAUCACAUAUUUUUUUUGACAAGAUUUGAGAAUUAAAUUCGCAUAAUAUCCAAAAUUAUGUAAGAUUUUACUUCCGUAUGAAUUAAACACUCCGUUUAUAAACUCCCCCAAACAAAAUCGCUACGUUCCAUCACCCUAACAAUUCAAACACCUUACACCGCUAAACCCCAAAAUCCCCCCCAAAACCCAACAAUAUAUACGACGAAAAAGGUGCACAACAAAAAAUAAACCCAAAAUAAAAUAAAAUAAAAUAACCCAUAUUUUUUUAAACAAAUAAAGUUAAUAAAAUAUUCUCAUGACAUUUAAGUUUUUCGCGGCAACGGCCCCCCUUUCACUCUAUUCUCUUUUUUUGAGUCAUCGUCGUCUUCCUUUUCUCUCUCUUCUUCCGCCGUUUUCUCUCUCCUCCUUCACUCUUACGCUUCAUCUCAAAUUCAUAUUCCCCAUUUUUUCUUCAAUUCUUUUUUCUAAUCUAAGUGAAAGAUGGCGCCAGUAAAGAAGUCGAAAAGUGUAAGAGUAAUUACUUCUGCUAGUGAUUCAUCUCCAAGUAAAGAUGAAAAAUCCAAACAAAAGAAGCGGAAGUUAUCUGAUAUGCUCGGACCUCAAUGGAGUAAACAUGAAAUUGAGCGUUUUUAUGAAGCUUAUCGGAAGCAUGGCCAAGACUGGAAGAAGGUUGCCACUGUUGUGCGUUCUAGGUCUAUAGAUAUGGUUGAAGCAUUGUACAAUAUGAACCGAGCAUACUUAUCUCUACCAGAAGGCACAGCUUCUGUGGCUGGACUCAUAGCAAUGAUGACUGAUCACUAUAAUGUCCUGGAGGGAAGUGGCAGUGAAAAAGAGAUUAAGGGGCCUGAGGUAAUGGCUCGAAAGAUUCAGAAAAAUACUAAAGCAAAGGGUUUGCUCGACUCUUUUAGAGAUGAUUCUAAGCUUCAGUCUACAGGCUCAUAUGAUGGCUGCUUAUCCUUGCUAAAAAAUCGUGGUGAUGGUAUCCAGCUGAAUUUCCCUGUAAGAAAAAGGACACCUCGUGUACCUGUUUCAUGCUUGGACAUUCAUCCAAAUAAGAAGUCUCGAGUGUCGGGGAAGAUUGCAAAUGACACUGGUGUUCCAUAUGGGGAUUUAAGGCCGAAAGAAGCAUGGUGCAAUCCAAAUUCCCCACAUGGCUCACAAACAAUGUACAGAAAAAAUGAAUGUACAAGGACUUCACAAGUCUCAGCUAGAGAAGAGGUGAUGUCACGAUCUCCUGUUCUGAAGGUCAGGACUGGUGGAUUUGCAGCAGACAGAGAUUUUAAAGAAUGCAGCUUGGGCUACAAUGAGGCCAAAACUGAAAAUUGGGCCAGGGAUAGAGUGGAUAUAGGUAAAUCUGCUUUAGCCGAGUACAAGAAAGGGAAGAAAGGAAAGAAAGGAAAGAAAGAGGAAGUUCAGCACUCCGAAACUACGUUAUUUGAUAAUAUUAGAGAAGCUUACAAGUAUGCUGAUAAAGGACCAAGAAGAAUUGGUUCUGAUGGAAAAAGUGCCGAUAUUUGCAGAUCAACUUCUGAGGGCCAAAGUAGAGGCAAGAAACUGACCUUUGAAGAUGAACUUGCAGCUUGUGAUGCGUUGCAGACUUUGGCUGAAAUGUCCUCAAUGAUGCCAUUUAUUGCUGCAGAACCUGCUGAGGAUGCUGGAGAUUCUGUACUUGUUCGGGAAACUGUAGUUAAUAGUGUUGCUUGUUCCAAUAUUGCAUUAAGUGAUGAGAAGGCCAGUGUUGAGUUAAAGAAGAAACGGAAGUCCCAAGCUUUAAAGGUGCCAAAGGCUGAAUUUCCCAAUGAUUUUUCUAAAAAGCCCACAGAAGAUGAGAGUGUGGCUGAUGAGGAUGUGAAAUCUGGAAACAGUAGUGGACAGAUCUCUGUUGUUUCCAAAAAUUGUAAAUCAUUGGUUAGGUCUCCAGACGUGUCUUCUAGCAAUGACCCUCAUACAGGAGAGGCAGAAGUUGCAGUGUCUAGUGCACAUGUUCACCAUGCUAGCCAGGUUGUUAACCCUACAGGAAGGAAACGUAGACGAAAACGAGACAGAACAUUCCUUCUAAAGGACAAAAAUUAUACUCCGAGUUGUUCUAGUGAUAGCUUGUCUGUACCUCAUGAAAGAUUGCAGGACGUGAAGGGAAAGCUUUUACAUUGUCUUUCCUGGCAUGAAGUACGCAGAUGGUGUGUGUAUGAGUGGUUUUACAGUGCCAUUGAUUAUCCUUGGUUUGCUAAGAGGGAAUUUGUGGAGUACCUAGAUCAUGUUGGAUUGGGACAUAUUCCAAGACUUACUCGUUUUGAAUUGGGUGUUAUUAGAAGUUCCCUUGGUAAACCUCGGAGAUUCUCUGAGCGUUUUCUACAGGAAGAGAGGAAGAAACUUAAUCAAUAUCGUGAAUCUGUUAGGACUCAAUAUGCUAACCUUCGGGCUGGCCUUGGGGAAGGACUUCCAACAGAUUUAGCUUGUCCACUGUAUGUUGGACAAAAAGUAGUUGCUAUUCAUCCAAAAACAAGAGAAUGUCAUAAUGGCAGUGUCUUGACGGUUGAUCGUGACAACUGCAUGGUCCAGUUUCAUCAUCCGGAUUUGGGGGUUGAACUCGUCAUGGAUAUUGAUUGCAUGCCUUUGAACCUGUUGGAGAAUAUGCCCGAAGAUUUGAAGAGGCAGAAUAUGCUAUUUGAUUACCGCUGUGUACAAGUUCCAAAAAUCAACGGAGCAAAUUUUUCCGCUUUAGAGGAGUACAAUAAAAGUGUCAAUCACCAUAUAAGAGUUCCUUCAUUCAGCCCAUCAGUUGCAGCCGAUAUGAAGGCUAAGCCAGCUUGUCUGAGUGCAUAUGCUAAGGUAGUAGGCAGUGGAAGUUUCCAGAUACCAUCAGCAACCCAAAGUAAAUCUUACAAUAUGGCUCAGUUGCACCUGCAGGAAGGUCAUUUGCGAUUUAUUCCUGGGUUGACUGGGGGUCUAGAUCAAAAGGUGUUUGGUCAGAGUUGCUCAGAAAGUCUGCCUUCUUGGCCACAUCCCACAACAGAAUCAGUGGGUUUAAAUGGAAAUAUGCCAUCUUUAAACAAUUCUGGAAUCAGUUGUCAAGAAACUGCAUCCAAUGUGGCAGAAAUUGUUGAAGUAUCUAAAGAUAAGGCACAAAAAAUGGUAGAUACUGCUACAAAGGCUAUAUCUAGUAUUGAAGAAGGUGAAGAUGCAUUUGGAAGAAUUAGGAAGGCUUUGGAUGCCAGUGGCAAAAGUGAGCGUGUAACUAAUUGCAGGGCGUCUAUGAUACCAUCUUCAAAUGCAGUUCGAGGAAGUUUGCCUCAUCAGAACCCACUUACUUCCUGUGCUUCUGAGGCCCCUCUGUCAUGUGAUGCUUUUACUGAGCAACCAACUGAUCAUUCUGUGUCAAAUGAUCUUCAGAUCCCUUCUGACCUUAUUACAUCAUGUGUUGCUACUUGGCUUAUGAUACAGACUUGCACUGAGCGACAAUAUCCACCUGCAGAGGUCGCGCAGAUAUUAGAUGAUGCUGUGACAGGUUUGCAUCCAUGCUGCCCGCAAAACCUCUCAAUUUACAGGGAGAUACAAAUGUGCAUGGGAAGAAUUAAGACCCAGAUAUUAGCUCUUGUACCAACAUAACAGUAUAUAUCUGCACCUAUUUCUUCAGGUGGGCUUGUACAUAAAAACCAUGAGAUAUCCUCUAUAAUUUUUGUAGUUUGCUAACCCUAAGAUAGAUUAUUCAAAGUAGAUAUUUACCGAUUCAUAUGACUAGGAAUGAUAGGAAGGAAUUUUCCGCCGGACCAACUAUUGUGAUGUAAAAAUUAUUUAUGGAUGGGUUCCUUCACAAUAAUAAAUCGAUGUGAAUCUAAUUUCACAGCUUGGAUUUUGUA